AUGGGAAGGGGUAGGGUUCAGCUGAAGAGGAUAGAGAACAAGAUCAAUCGCCAGGUAACUUUCUCCAAAAGGAGAGCUGGGUUACUCAAGAAAGCACACGAGAUCUCUGUGCUCUGUGACGCUGAGGUCGCUUUGAUUGUCUUCUCCCACAAAGGAAAGCUCUUUGAAUAUGCCACUGAUUCUUGGGGUGACAGUAUUUGGUUACUUGUCAAGCUCAUUUUCGACCUCAGCAUGGAGAAGAUACUGGAACGCUAUGAAAGGUAUGCCUAUGCAGAGAGACAACUUGUUGCCAAUGAUUCCGAAUCACAGGGAAACUGGACCAUUGAGUAUACCAGACUCAAGGCAAAGAUUGACCUUUUGCAGAGAAACCAUAGGCACUAUAUGGGAGAAGAUUUAGGUUCAAUGAGCCUGAAAGAGCUUCAGAGUCUGGAGCAGCAGUUAGAUACUGCUCUCAAACAAAUUCGUACCCGCAGAAACCAACUCAUGUACGAGUCAAUUUCGGAGCUUCAGAAGAAGGAGAAAGUCAUACAGGAGCAGAAUAACAUGCUUGCAAAGAAGAUCAAGGAGAAAGAAAAGGUUGCAGCACAGCAGGCACAGUGGGAGCAUCAAAACCAUGGAGUUAAUGCAUCUUUCUUGCUUCCACAGCCACUUUUGAACAUGGGUGGCAAUUAUCGUGAGGAGGCGCCAGAGGUGGGGAGGAAUGAACUGGACCUGACUCUGGAACCGUUGUAUUCGUGCCACCUAGGAUGCUUUUGA